AUGAAGUUCAACAUCAUCGUCCUCGCCCUCACCACAGCCGUCCUCGCCAAUCCAAUUCCCGCCCCUGACGCGGGCCCCGCUGCAGCUCCCGAGCCCAAUGCCGACCCCGUCCCAGCCCCAGAGCCCGCGCGUCCCCGUCUCAACACGUACUUCACGGCCUAG